AGUGUGACACAUCGGUUGAGAACGCAGUGCUCAACAUGAAGGUGCUUGUCUUGUUUGCGUUACUUUUCGUCGUUGCCAAUGCUCAAUUUGGAAAUCCUCACAACAAAGAACCGACUGUUGAAGAUAGUCCUUUUCCAGAGUUUGAGGAUGAAGACUAUUAUGAAGAGGACGUCGAGAUAGUGAAUACCGAUGAAGAUGACGAUACAGUGACUACCGAAGAAGAUGAAGACGAUGAUGAUGACGAUGACGAUCCAACAAYAACACCAAAACCGAAGUGCCAGUGUAAAAAGAAAUUCUGGGAAUGCAAAAAAMGAGUUCGUCCUUAUGACUGUGACGGCAAACUCAAAUGUUUUGAGGAAAAAUCCAAAUGCUACCGGGAAUACAAAGCRAARAACCCUAAUAUGCCAACGAAAAGUCCWGAAAAAAUGGCUUGCAAGACGACAUUUGAGGGCUGUAUCGCUAAAACCGAUGGCACCUGCAGAUCUAAACUCAUGUGCUACAUGGCAAAGCAACGAUGUUACAUGAAAUUUAAGAAAGGUGGUCAUCGUGGUCGACCUCAUCACCGCCGCCGACCCCAUGGACAUGGUCGUCGUCAUCAUCGUCGACGUCCUCAUCAUCAUCGUCGUCCCACACCAUGCCCGAAAAUGAUGAAGUGCAAGAAAGAAUGGAGACAGUGCAUGAUAAGGUCAAAAUCAUGCAGCGAUAAGCUUGCCUGCUUCUGGAAAGGACACAAAUGUAUGGAGAAAAACCGCACCAGUCCAUCCCCAACACCUACUGCCACAGCAUCUCCUUCUCCCGCACUCAAACGAAGAUGGAGACCUCGUCGUUGGAACCCGAAAGUUGUGGCUAAAUGCAAGGAGAAUUUCGAGAAAUGCAUUAAUAGUACAAGCGAUUGUCGAAAACAGCUUUUUUGCUUCAUGCGCAUGAAGAAGUGCAUUAUGCAGGGGCACCGUCCAACACCUUGCCCAAAAAUGUUGAAAUGUAAAAUGGAAUACAAAAACUGCAGCGAGGAAGCAACCACAUGCGACCAAAAAUUAGCAUGUAUGUAUCAAAAACACGAAUGCUAUGAACGUAUACGACCCACCACUCCACCACCACAAACAGACUCUGACGAUGAUGAUGAUGAUGACCGAAUGUACRGCUAUGGACGGCGUCCACGCUGGAAUCCAAAGCUGAAGGAAAAAUGCAAGAAGGAACUUCAUAAGUGUCUCAACGAGUCGGAUUCAUGCCAGAAGAAGAUGAAGUGCUUCUGGGGUAUGAAAAAAUGCAUGAUGGGCCGUCGACCUGGCAUGCAUGAGAUGAUGAAGCCAUAUAUACAUAAAAUCCAUUCAAAAUUGACGGCSUUGGUGAGUAAGAUUCGUGGUUUGUUCUCGAAAGGACAGCUCCAGCAAAGAUACAAGAAUUGGAGGCAACAGCAAGGAAAGAACUGGCAUAUGAGAAAACAACGCAUGAAGAAGAAGUUUGGAAUUGCUCACAAAAAUCUGAAAAAGAAAUUAGGAAUGGCAAAGAAUAGAAUGCAACAAUGGAGAAAAAAACCAUGGUUCGGAUGAAAAACCCGAGAGCUUUUGACUAAAGAGAUGUAURUCAACUGAACGUGAAAAGUAGACUCGUGUGAUUAAAUGGCCUCGAUAGAAUCUUACUUCCGAUUUGAACCGGAAGUKGGUUGUAUUUCCGGUUGAUAUUUUUUAUAUUUUAUAAAACGAUCAAAAUCAAUAUGACAGCAGUUCAUUUUAUUCAAAUCAGUGUAUCUAAUGAUAUUCGUGAUAAUAAUGAAAAUAACACUCAUGUACACAAGGGCUUUAUUUUUUUUUMUUUUGAAUCUUUAUAUCUAUAAAUUGUAGACUUUUCAUAUAAUAAAACCAUAUAUUUUUGUCAGA